AUGUGCAUAAAAAUGACGGCAGCUUUAGCACUAUUACCGCAUUAUGAAAUAGAAAGAGGGUAUCAGGAAAUAAAAAAUUAUGCACAAGCAAAUGUAGUUCAGUUACCAAGAUUCUUUACGUACUUUUCAAGCUUUUGGAUCAUAAGAAAGGGGCCAGAAUGUUUUUCGGUAUAUGGUCAACCCCGCCGAACAAACAAUAAUAUCGAGAGCUUCCAUUCAUCCUUGAAACAAACGUUUCAAGUGAUGCAUCCUAAUUUAUGGAAAAUGCUAGAACACCUAAACAAUAUAAUGCUGAAACAACAUAUUGUUGUAAGUCAAUUGGCUAGAGGGUUACAGACAACAAGAGGCAUCAAAACAAAAUACUUAAUAAAUUCUGUGAGAAUUAAAAAUUCCACUGCACAAUUGGCCACUGGUGCAAUUACAGUUAGAGAAUUUUUAAUACAGUGCUCUCACAGUACAGACAACUACAUCGCAAGAGAGCUAGACUGGAGAGAUGAAACUCUAAGUUCUGAUGAAGAGCAGGAACUAGUGAAUAUUCCUGAUGUUCCAUUACCAGCUGCUGAGGUCAAUCUCCCUCCCGUAGGUGAUAUUCAAGCUGCUGAGGUUUAUAUACCAGUCGGUAUUCAAGAAAUAGUCGAGAUUCCUGAUGCUGGAGAUGCUAUGGUGGAACUACCACAAGUUCUUGCAGAACCAGAUGUCAACAUUGUAGAAGAUGAAAACGGAGCAGAUUUUGUUAUACCAGAGGAUCCUGGAGAUGCUAUAGUGGAACUACCCCAUGUUGUUGAAGAACCAGAUGUCCACAUUGUAGAAGAUGAAAACGAAGCAGAUUUUGUAAUACCUGAGGAUGCCGAAAUGGCUUUUUGGCAAAAUUUUAUGGUUGAAGAUGAGAUAGAAGUUCCGUUUGUACCAGUACCACAAAAUCUUUUGGAACUUUACCCACAAGGACAAGAUGAAGAUAAUAUUUGUGUGGUGUGCAGAGUGGCCCCCAGGACACAUGCACUUGUUCCUUGUGGGCAUAGGGUUCUUUGCGUUGAUUGUUUGUCACAGCUGCAAACACAAAAAUGCCGAGUGUGUAACAAUGAGUAUAGCAUUGGUAUACGCAUUUGGUAA